CCUCCGUGGGCGUCUCUCCGCAGCCAAGGGGUCCGCUGAACUACAUUUCCCUGGAGGCGCCGCGGCCGCGCCUCACCGCUUCCGGCUGGAAACAUGGCGGCUUCCUAGUGAAUCGGGGUUUCCGUGGGGGAAAGUUAGGGGACCUGCAGCGCCGCGAUCCGCGCCUUGGCGUCGUGCAGACACCCUUGGGCGGCCAGCGCCCGCGGAAGACUCAGAGCGCGCUACUCCUUAGUCACCCAGGCGGAGCCAGUUUCAGCUCUCUACGGAGAGUCUCCUCCCUAAAGUCUCUGGGAAGUCCCGAUCUGCCGCUCGCAGCUCCGUAGGGUCGUGUGCCGAGGCUGAGCCAUUCACAGGGCGCAGAGAGCUUGGACGCGCUCCCUGGCCGAGUGACAGGCGGAGGCAGGGAGAGCUCCGGGCAGAAGCUGGGCUGUGGCCUCGGGUCAGAUCGGAUGCUAGGCUGAGAGGGGAGGAUCCUGGCUUCCCCCAUCCCUGCUCCAUCCGGCCACACGGGCACCAUGGAAGCGGCUGAGCCCGGAAGCCCUACUGAGGAGGAAGAAGAGGAAGAGGAGGAGGAGGAGGAGCAGUCUGCUGAGCCUCGGCCCCGAACACGGUCCAAUCCUGAGGGUGCCGAGGACCGGACGCUGGGGGCGCAGGCCAGUGUGGGCAGCCGAAGUGAAGGGGAGGGGGAGGCAGCCAGUGUGGACGAUGGGACCCCCAACCCUCCAGGAGCUGGCCCCAAGCCCUGGCAGGUGCCACCGCCAGCUCUCGAGGUCCAGAUUCGAACACCAAGGGUCAACUGUCCCGAGAAGGUGAUCAUCUGCCUGGACCUGUCUGAGGAGAUGUCCCUACCAAAGCUGGAAUCGUUCAACGGCUCCAAAACCAACGCCCUCAACGUCUCGCAGAAGAUGAUCGAGAUGUUUGUGAGGACAAAGCACAAGAUCGACAAGAACCACGAGUUCGCGCUGGUGGUGGUGAACGAGGACACCGCGUGGCUGUCCGGCUUGACCUCAGACCCGCGGGAGCUGUGCAGCUGCCUGUACGACCUAGAGACAGCCUCCUGCUCCACCUUCAACCUGGAAGGGCUCUUCAACCUCAUCCAGCAGAAGACGGAGCUGCCUGUGACCGAGAGCGUGCAGACCAUCCCUCCGCCCUACGUGGUGCGCACCAUCCUGGUGUACAGCCGCCCCCCGCGCCAGCCCCAGUUCACGCUGACCGAGCCCAUGAAGAAGAUGUUCCAGUGCCCGUAUUUCUUCUUCGACGUUGUUUACAUCCACAAUGGUGGGGAGGAGAAGGAGGAGCAGCUGAGCUGGCAGGACAUGUUCGCCUUCAUGGGCAGCCUGGACAGCAAGGGCACGAGCUACAAGUACGAGGUGGCGCUCGCUGGGCCGGCCCUGGAGCUGCACAACUGCAUGGCGAAGCUGUUGGCUCACCCGCUGCAGCGGCCCUGCCAGAGCCACGCGUCCUACAGCCUGCUGGAGGAGGACGAAGAGGCCACCGAGGUCGAGGCCACCGUGUGAAGCGCCCCCGUCCCCGGUGCGCAGCCUUGGUGCGGUGGAAACGCGGGUCCCCCGCGCUGGUCGUCCGUCUGCGCGCUGUGGGACCCCGGGGGG